UUGGCUCUAGCUGGCACGCUGGUGUCCAUGGGUAAUUCGACUUUAAUGCCACCGCCUGAUGCCAGCAUGUCGGCCACCAUGGCCCCUCGUUCUUUGCCACCUCAGCCACACGGCCCUCGGCGACGGCUUCCCAACCAGCGGAGCGAAGAAUGACAUGAACAUACAACAUUCGGAGGUUCUGUACUCGUGGAGUUUUUCGUUCCGCUGCCCAGCGGGGCCGCCCUCGUCUCGCCGGCCGCGUACGGCAUGUGCCUGAACUGCGGCCAGGAGCUGUGGGCAGACUCCCUGGCCGCCACGGUGCUGGACUGCUUCGCGUGCCGACCGCCCCCGCAGCAGGGCGGCGGCGGCUCGCGGCCUCCGCAGGCGUCCGGCUCCGAUCACCCCACCAACGUCUUUCUUAGGCAACUGAGGACCUCGCGCGCGCACGCGCGGCAUUCCGCGUCCCUGGGCGACUCCAGUGCAGCGGCCGAUCGGACGGCUUGCAGGGCAUCGAUGCUUGCCCGCCAAGCACAGAGUUACGACCCACAGGCCGCAGUCGCCAACUCGAGAAAGCACAAGGUCGAGGAGAGGCGAAAGAAGCUGAACGAGAUCCAUUUCAGCAGGGGGAUCGUGGAUGGGACGGCGCGGUCGCAGAGCACCCCUUGCCUGCUUGAGGUCAAACAUCCGGUGCCGAAGCCUUCCCCCCCAACUCCGACAGGAAACCAUAUGCUUGACAGCGUGCUGGGCAAGCUCAACAAGCCUAAGCUGCAGGAGGCGCUCGAUUGCAUGGUGAGGGAGCUGCAAACUAACAGGAAGAGUCUAAGUGUAGCGCUGUCAGAGUUGGACAUCAAUGGAGACGGCAUCCUCAGCAGAGCAGAGAUGGCCGUGGGGCUCCGACGAAUGGGGGUGACACUGGUCCCUUCUGAGCUUGACGCAGUCAUGAGGGCAUUCGAUUUCGACCAGAGGGGCACAGUGCAGGUCGAUGGCCUAGCUGAAAUCCUGACCACGUACCAGUCCCACUUCAUGUCGGGCCAGUCCUCUGGAAACGACAGCUUCGACGCUGAGGGUCAGACGAGGGGCCAACGUAAAUCUCACAGAGUGGUGAUUGAGCACCCAGGAACAAUAGGCUGAUAGACGCAGGGUGUGGUUGCACGCACGAGCCUUCUACACCGAGGACGGUCUGCUAGGGAGUUUAUCUUUGUUAUGUUGAAUCUCCUGGGGAAGCCCAUGCCACUCACUCUGGUUCCGCAUUGCUGUCUGAGCCCGCGAUGCUGAGCAGUCGUUUCAGCCCUGCAGCCUCUACAUAGCCUUUCAGCGUUGCGUUGCCAGCGUCAUCCGGAACGCGAGCAUGUUUGUCAGGCUGUCCUUCUCCUUGCUAACAGCUCUAUCCCAUCGGUGCUGCUCUUUAGCACAUCGUCCCAGCUUUCCACCCACUGCAAAGAGUCGUGUUGGUUGAGCAGGCUGAGCUUCCUGCGGAGUGCCCAAGGCACCAUUGAGAGUUGACGGCAUUUUGAUGAAGCUGCUUGUUGAGAAGUUGGUGCGACAGGGGGAGGGUCGUACCCAAAUGUACGUGUUGACGCAGGCGAGAAGCGUUCGGUCUGCGUUGUUUUCGGAACAAUUUUCCGCUCGGCCGCGCCACCUACCCAGCAGUGCCACAUACACAUUUUUCAGCAGACGUAUUUGUUGUUGCAGAAUUUGCCAGUUACGGAUGCUUCGCGCAUCACCAGCCCGUCCAGGAACGAUUGCUAGGCA